GAUCCCCGUGCCGUCAAUCAGGACAAGAAAAACAUGUUGUUCUCAGGAACCAACAUUGCUGCAGGCAAAGCCGUAGGUGUGGUGGUGGCCACAGGCGUGAACACAGAGAUCGGUAAAAUCCGUGACGAGAUGGCCUCCACAGAGCAGGAGAGGACGCCCCUGCAGCAGAAGCUGGAUGAGUUUGGUGAGCAGCUCUCUAAGGUAAUCUCUCUCAUCUGCAUUGCCGUGUGGAUCAUCAACAUCGGCCACUUCAACGACCCCGUCCACGGCGGCUCCUGGAUCCGUGGAGCCAUUUACUACUUCAAGAUUGCCGUCGCUCUAGCCGUGGCUGCCAUCCCUGAAGGUCUUCCUGCUGUCAUCACCACCUGCCUGGCUCUCGGCACCCGCCGUAUGGCCAAGAAAAAUGCCAUUGUCCGCUCUCUGCCCUCUGUGGAGACGCUGGGUUGCACUUCCGUCAUCUGCUCUGACAAGACCGGCACCCUCACCACCAACCAGAUGUCCGUCUGCAGGGUGAGCUCUUUCUUUAGCAGUUUAGUCAUCCUAGGCUUUGUACAGAAGGUUAAAUGCACUUCAUAACUUCAUGAA